GGGAGAGUUCGAUGUGCAUGCAACUUCCCAUUGAAAAGCUAGCUAGCAGCUAAUAACGCAUAGAUUAGAAUGCCCCCUCAAUGAAAAUUAUUUCAUACACAUCCUGCAAAUAAUUAUCUACCUCAUGCACAGUUUGAAGUCGCUUUGGCACUGUCUCUAACAAUAACAUUGUGUAACAGUGCAUCCUAGCUAGCGUUAGCUGCAAAUCCAAAGGAAACACCCCCGAGAAGAACAGCGCGCAACGAAAACAUGGCGGAGUCAGAGGAGGCUAAACAAAAAUCUCAGGUGAAAAUAUGUUAACAAAUAAUUAAGACAUUAUUAUCUUAUUAACUAGUUAGCCAUCUGUUUCUGCUCAGCCAUGUUACAGCUAGCUCCUAGAUGUACCUCCUCAACUGCAUUAGUAGCUAGCUUACAGUACAGAGCUAACGGGAGCUAGCUAGCUAACGUAGCAGUGUUCGUAGAACAAUCAACCCUCAUAUCAAAGAUGGGCCCACAGUUCUGUCAAAAAUACGUUAUGAGAUUGUAUCCCUGUGUAAGUGUACAACGGCCUAUGCCAAGAGGUCCGAAACUGUAUGGCAGACAGUCUAUAACCGCAGACCAGGGUCGCUGGUUCAAGCAAGGCCCACUAAGGCUGUUUGUGUACCUACUACAGUCACUUUCCAGAGGUCUGGACUCUCAUGGCAGAGGCAGUAGUGUGCUUGUUCUGUAUGCAAUAUGGUUUCUGGUUCAAACCCCAGUCAGAACAUUCCCCCUCAACAUGCUGCGCUAUUAAUUAUAUAGGAACAGUCGUAACUUAAACCUGUUGUCUCCCUCCCCACAGCAUGAACUCCGGCUGUCCAAGGCUUUUGAUGAGGCGGUGAAGCUCUCAGCCCCCACGGCUGGUGAGUCCCAAAGGCAGCACACUCCCCUCUCAACCAGAUCCCUCUGGAGCAGCAUCACAACCGGACCAGUCUUUGAUGGACCAGUCCGACAUCCUGACGUCAACCAUGAUUUUAGCAGUGACGAUGAGGGGCAUGUAUUCCCUCACAUCUCUCACCCUACGAGUGCCACCUUCUCCCUGGCUGGUCUGGGGGCGGUCGAGCCAGAGGAAGAGCUGGAUGGGGUUCCUGUGUUUGGGGUAGAUGAGGAGGAGGAGUGGAACAUAGCCCUGCCCAAGAUGGCACUGGGUGAUGUGGAGUCUGACAGAGAGUCAGCCGGACGGCCUGACACACGACACGCAGAGACUCAGGAUGAUGAUCAAAAUUCGACUGACAGAUUCCUUGAUGCAGUCUCACUUUCCAAUGUUAGAACAGGUGAGAAUGAAAACAUGAUGCCUAAACUGAGUUGUCCUGUGACAUUCCUCCUCAGGCAUUUCUUACUUCUCAACAGAACUUUUCUUACUACUUAGGCCUACUUCUUGUGCAGUGAUUAACAACAGUCAUUCUUUUGACAGCUUCUGAGGAGGCUAGUCAAACAGCUGAGGACAGACUAACCAUGCAAGGAGAAAGCCAUCUUUCAACUAACCCCUCUCAGUCCCCUUCAUCAGAGAACAGCUUGGGUAAGACUUCAAGCAACCUUGCCCUGCUAGUUAUAACUGUAAUUUUAAUAAAAAACAUGAUUUUGCAGAUUUUUCCACUUCAUGCACAUGCUAUGCACAUUAUUAGAGCUGUGAUGAUGAUUCCAUUAAAUAGCCUUUUAUCCAUUUCUGUCAGAUGAAGGAAGUCUGAAUCAGUCUAUGGCUGGGGGAUCCAGCCGUCAAGAGGUCUGUACCUGUAUGACUUAAGUAUACAGGUAGUGUAAAUGCUUUUAUGAACAUAAAUUGUUUUGUCUCCUUCAUUUAUCAAUUUUGUCCCUUUGACCUGACCUCCAGAGGUCAGAGAAUGUGUUCCAGAACCCAGCGGUGGUGGACAGAGAAGAGCCCCCCAUCUCUCCCCUCAUGAACAUCAAGGAUGAGCCCAUAGAUGAAGGAUAUGACUGUGCCCUUCUACCCUCAACACGGAGUAUCAAGGAGGAACUGGACAACACAGCUCCUGAGGUCAGCCAACGCUCCCAUGCCCUGCCUUCAAUCAAUCUUCCCCCGGCUUUCACACACUAUUGAUUUGAUGGUUCUGUGAUGCUAUAUUAUUAUUGUUGUUAUACAGACUGUUCUGUGUUUUAUGUUACAGGAGGAGCUGAGAAUCAGUUCUGUCUUUUCCGUUGGAGGAGGAAAUGCCUAUGGCUCGCCCACUGGUGAGAGAAUCAGCAUAUUACAGUGCCUUUAGAAAGUAUUCAUACCCCUUAACUUAUUCCACAUUUUGUUGUGUUACAGCCUGAAUUCAAAAUGGAUUAAAUCGAUUUCUCUCUCACCUAUCUACAUAUAAUACCCCAUAAUGACAAAUAAAAAUAAAAAAAACGUGUUUUUAGAUUUUUUGCUAUUACACUCCAAAUUGAGCACAGGUGCAUCCAAUUUCCUUUGAUCAUCCUUGGGAUGUCACUACAACUUGAUUGGAGUCCACCUGUGGCCAAUUUAAUUGUUUGCACAUGAUUUAGAACGCAACACACCUGUCUAUAUAAGAUCCCACAGUUGACAGUGCAUGUCAGAGCAGAAGCUAUACCAUGAAGUCCAAGGAACUGUCUGUAGAUCUCCAAGAUAUAAUUGUGAUGAGGCAUAUAUCUGGGGAACGGUAUAAAAUAAUUUCUAGAGUGUUGAAAGUUUCCAACAGCACAGUGGUCUCCAUCAUUGGGAAAUGUAAAAAUAUGGAACUACCCAGACUCUGCUUAGAGCUGGCUGUCCAACCAAACUGAGCAACCGGGCAAGAAGGACCUUGAAAGAACUACAGAGUUCCUUGGCUGAGAUGGGAUAACCUGCUGGGAAACAAGGUCUUCUUCCAAAAUGUCAACUUGCGUUUGAUUUUGUAUAAUAAGAUGGUACAAACAGUAUAAGGUUUAUUUAUUUUGGUGGUCUAGCAUGACAGUGCUGUGACUGUGGUCAGCAUUGCAGGUGGUUAGCAGUAGUGAUAUUGAUUGUGAUAAUGAUGGGAUCAACCUUUUACACCUGUUGUAAGUAGGAAGAACAGAAACAAAAGGGAUCGUGAUGGAGGUCUGAAUACUGCUGGGGAAUUGAGUGGUGUUGAAAUUAGGCCUGCUAUAAAACUUAGCACUACUUAGAAAAGGGGACUAUACUGUAGACGAGAGCUACAAAGUGUGUUUCCCCCCUCUGAACCACCAAACUAACACUGUCAUUCUAUUCAGUUGACAAAAUAAAUUCAGAGAAAUAUAGGGGUGUUUAAGGACACCAAAGUUUUGGUAUUCGGCUAAUUAUUGAUUUAUGCAAACGGUAAAAUGAUACAGGAGACAAUUCUGAAGUUAGAAUUGCUUAAUGAGGGUCGGGUGAAAUGCUAUAUCCCUGUUGCUAAGGCCAAACGUGGGUAAUUGCUGGGAUACCAGUAACCAUGGAAGAAGUUAUGACUUCCUUGAAAGGUGGGAAAGUAACUGAAGCAAAAAGAAUGUUGAGCAAAAAGUGGCAGUCGAGUGGACCCCACAACGGUACUGUUAAACUUUGAAGGGAUAUUGCCAAUCAGAGUACAGCUUGGAAUGCUCAGUUAUCAUGUUAGAGAAUAUGUGCCACCUCUACUUCAGUGCUUUAAUGCCAAAGGACAGGGCAUAUUGCUAAUGUGUGCAAAGGUAAACUUAGAUGUUCAAGGUAUGGUGGGGAUCAAGAGUACGGAAAAUGUAGAUCUGAUACUAAAGUUAAAUGUUGCAACUGUGAGCGCAUAGUGCAGCAUACUGGGGAUGUGAAGUACAAAAACCAGCCAUGGAAGCACAGAGGUGCAAAGUAACGAGUAAUGUCUCCCUUGCUCGGAAAAUGAACAAGCCUUUUGAUCAAAAUGCUCUGGCUCCAGUACAUUAGCAGUCAGUGGUGGCUGCUCCUAGGAUGCCCAUAGCGCCGAGGGGGUCCAUGGCUCCUAGGAUGCCCAUAGCGCCGAGGGGGUCCAUGGCUCCUAGGAUGCCCAUAGCGCCGAGGGGGUCCAUGGCUCCUAGGAUGCCCAUAGAUAUAGAUCUCAUUCCGUCAGUAGAGGAUGCCUGGUUGUUCUUUAAAAGUAAUUUCCUCUCAAUCUUAAAUAGACAUGCCCCAUUCAAAAAAUACAGAACUAAGAACAGAUAUAGCCCCUGGUUCUCCUCAGACUUGACUGCCCUUGACCAGCACAAAAACAUCCUGUGGCGUACUGCAUUAGCAUCAAAUAGCCCCCACGAUAUGCAACUUUUCAGGGAAGUUGGGAACCAAUAUACACAAGCAGUUAGGAAAGCAAAGGCUAACUUUUUCAAACAGAAAUUUGCAUCCUGUAGCACUAACUCCAAAAAGUUUUGGGACACUGUAAAGUCCAUGGAAAAUAAGAGCACUUCCUCCCAGCUGCCCACUGCACUGAGGCUAGGAAACACUAUCACCACCGAUAAAUCUACAAUAAUCGAGAAUUUCAACAAGCAUUUUGCUACGGCUGGCCAUGCUUUCCACCUGGCUACCACAACCCCGGCCACCAGCUCUGCACCCUCCGCUGCAACUUGCCCAUGCCCCCCCCCCGCUUCUCCUUCACACAAAUCCAGACAGCUGAUGUUCUAAAAGAGCUGCAAAAUCUGGACCCCUACAAAUCAUCUGGGCUAGACAAUCUGGACCCUUUCUUUCUAAAACUAGCUGCCGAAAUUGUCGCAACCCCUAUUACUAGCCUGUUCAACCUCUCUUUCGUAACGUCUGAGAUCCCCAGAGAUUGGAAAGCUGCCGCGGUCAUCCCCCUCUUCAAAGGGGGUGACACUCUAGAUCCAAACUGUUACAGACCCAUAUCCAUCCUGCCCUGCCUUUCAAAAGUUUUUGAAAGCCAAGUCAACAAACAGAUCACCGACCAUUUCGAAUCCCACCGUACCUUCUCCGCUAUGCAAUCCGGUUUCCGAGCUGGUCAUGGGUGCACUUCAGCCACGCUCAAGGUCCUAAACGAUAUUAUAACCGCGAUCGAUAAUAGACAGUACUGUGCAGCCGUUUUCAUUGACCUGGCCAAGGCUUUCGACUCUGUCAACCACCGCAUUCUUAUUGGCAGACUAAAUAGCCUUGGUUUCUCAAAUGACUGCCUCGCCUGGUUCACCAACUACUUCUCAGAUAGAGUUCAAUGUGUCAAAUCGGAGGGCCUGUUGUCUGGACCUAUGGCAGUCUCUAUGGGGGUGCCACAGGGUUCAAUUCUUGGGCCGACUCUUUUCUCUGUGUAUAUCAAUGACGUCGCUCUUGCUGCUGGUGACUCUCAGAUCCACCUCUACGCAGACGACACCAUUUUGUAUACAUCUGGCCCUUCGUUGGACACUGUGUUAACAAACCUCCAAACGAGCUUCAAUUCCAUACAACACUCCUUCAGUAGCCUCCAACUGCUCUUAAACACUAGUAAAACUAAAUGCAUGCUCUUCAACCGAACGCUGCUUGCACCCGCCCACCCGACUAGAAUCACUACUCUCGACGGGUCUGACCUAGAGUAUGUGGACAACUACAAAUAUCUAGGUGUCUGGUUAGACUGUAAACUCUCCUUCCUGACUCACAUUAAGAAUCUCCAAUCCAAAGUUAAAUCUAGAAUCGGUUUCCUAUUUCGCAACAAAGCCUCCUUCACUCAUGCUGCCAAACAUGCCCUCGUAAAACUGACUAUCCUACCGAUCCUUGACUUCGGCGAUGUCAUUUACAAAAUAGCCUCCAACACUCUACUCAGCAAAUUGGAUGUAGUCUAUCACAGUGCCAUCCGUUUUGUCUCCAAAGCCCCAUAUAAUACCCACCACUGUGACCUGUACGCUCUUGUUGGCUGGUCCUCACUACAUAUUCGUCGCCAAACCCACUGGCUCCAGGCCAUCUAUAAAUCACUGCUAGGCAAAUCCCCGCCUUAUCUUAGCUCAUUGGUCACCAUAGCAACACCCACCCGUAGUCUGCGCUCCAGCGGGUAUAUCUCACUGGUCAUCCCCAAAGCCAACACCUCCUUUGGCCGCAAUUCCUUCCAGUUCUCUGCUGCCAAUGACUGGAACAAAUUGCAAAAAUCUCUGAAGCUGGAGACACUUAUCUCCCUCACUAACUUUAAGCAUCAGUUGUCAGAGCACCUUACCGAUCACUGCACCUGUACACAGCCCAUCUGAAAUUAGCCCGCCCAACUACCUCAUCCCUAUAUUGUUAUUUAUUUUGCUCAUUUGUACCCCAGUAUCUCUAUUUGCACAUCAUCUCUUGCACAUCUAUCAUUCCAGUGUUAAUACUAAUUGUAAUUAUUUUGCACUAUAGCCUAUUUUAUUGCCUUACCUCCAUAACUUGCUAAAUUUGCACACACUGUAUAUCAUAUGUAUUUCUGUUGUAUUUUUGACUUUGUUUUGUUUUACCCCAUAUGUAACUCUGUGUUGUUUUUAUAGCACUGCUUUGCUCUAUCUUGGCCAGGUCGCAGUUGUAAAUGAGAACUUGUUCUCAACUGGUUUACCUGGUUAAAUAAAGGUGAAAUAAAAAAUAAAAUAAAAUAAAAAGCGCAGAGGGGGUCCAUGGCUCCUAGGAUGCCCAUAGCGCCGAGGGGGUCCAUGGCUCCUAGGAUGCCCAUAGCGCCGAGGGGGUCCAUGGCUCCUAGGAUGCCCAUAGCGCCGAGGGGGUCCAUGGCUCCUAGGAUGCCCAUAGCGCCGAGGGGGUCCAUGGCUCCUAGGAUGCCCAUAGCGCCGAGGGGGUCCAUGGCUCCUAGGAUGCCCAUAGCGCCGAGGGGGUCCAUGGCGCCGAGGGGGCCCAUAGCGCUGAGGGGGUCCAUGGCGCCUCAGACUAGUGUCAAUGUGACUUGCGAGUAUAAAUGUGCGGUUACAGAGAAAUCCAUGGUUGUAAAUCGUAUAGACUUCAUAUCCUUCUUGUGUAGAGCAAUCAACAUGGGCCAUAUGAAAAAGAGCAGGACUGCACGAAUAAUGGAAGUAGUGAAGGCAGCCCAAGAAAUACUAAACAUUACUGAAGUUUCAGUACCCUUGAUACGUCAGAUGAUCAAGAACAGAAUAAAUAGUUAUUAUGGGUUUUAUCAUCAUCCUUCAAUUGAAUGCUAGAAGCCUUAUUGCUAAUUGAUUUAGAGAUUAAACCUGAUGUGAUAUGUGUUUAAGAAACGUGGCUUAGAUCACAUCUUGAUUUGAUUAUUCCUGGUUAUUGUUCAAUCAGAUCUGAUAGAGCAACUGGUCUUGCGUAUCGUAAUAUACAGUAUCUGUUCCACCUGAAUAUGAAUGUGUGAUGGUGGAAGUCUACAGUACAGGUAGUAAUAUUAAGCAGUUCAAGUUCUACAGUCCUUGUUGACAACUAUCUGUAGCGAUGAUUGAUGAAAUAUCAGGAUACUUGGGUUCUAGAGAGAUAUGGUGUGGCGACUUUAAUGCACAUACAGUGGGGGAAAAAAGUAUUUAGUCAGCCACCAAUUGUGCAAGUUCUCCCACUUAAAAAGAUGAGAGAGGCCUGUAAUUUUCAUCAUAGGUACACGUCAACUAUGACAGACAAAAUGAGAAUAAAAAAUCCAGAAAAUCACAUUGUAGGAUUUUUUAUGAAUUUAUUUGCAAAUUAUGGUGGAAAAUAAGUAUUUGGUCAAUAACAAAAGUUUCUCAUUUUGUUAUAUACCCUUUGUUGGCAAUGACGUUUUCUGUAAGUCUUCACAAGGUUUUCACACACUGUUGCUGGUAUUAUGGCCCAUUCCUCCAUGCAGAUCUCCUCUAGAGCAGUGAUGUUUUGGGGUUGUCGCUGGGCAACACAGACUUUCAACUCCCUCCAAAGAUUUUCUAUGGGGUUGAGAUCUGGAGACUGGCUAGGCCACUCCAGGACCUUGAAAUGCUUCUUACGAAGCCACUCCUUCGUUGCCCGGGCGGUGUGUUUGGGAUCAUUGUCAUGCUGAAAGACCCAGCCACGUUUCAUCUUCAAUGCCCUUGCUGAUGGAAGGAGGUUUUCAUUCAAAAUCUCACGAUACAUGGCCCCAUUCAUUCUUUCCUUUACACGGAUCAGUCGUCCUGGUCCCUUUGCAGAAAAACAGCCCCAAAGCAUGAUGUUUCCACCCCCAUGCUUCACAGUAGGUAUGGUGUUCUUUGGAUGCAACUCAGCAUUCUUUGUCCAACAAACACGACGAGUUGAGUUUUUACCAAAAAGUUAUAUUUUGGUUUCAUCUGACCAUCUGACAUUCUCCCAAUCCUCUUCUGGAUCAUCCAAAUGCACUCUAGCAAACUUCAGACGGGCCUGGACAUGUACUGGCUUAAGCAGGGGGACACGUCUGGCACUGCAGGAUUUGAGUCCCUGGCGGCGUAGUGUGUUACUGAUGGUAGGCUUUGUUACUUUGGUCCCAGCUCUCUGCAGGUCAUUCACUAGGUCCCCCCGUGUGGUUCUGGUAUUUUUGCUCACCGUUCUUGUGAUCAUUUUGACCCCACGGGGUGAGAUCUUGCGUGGAGCCCCAGAUCGAGGGAGAUUAUCAGUGGUCUUGUAUGUCUUCCAUUUCCUAAUAAUUGCUCCCACAGUUGAUUUCUUCAAACCAAGCUGCUUACCUAUUUCAGAUUCAGUCUUCCCAGCCUGGUGCAGGUCUACAAUUUUGUUUCUGGUGUCCUUUGACAGCUCUUUGGUCUUGGCCAUAGUGGAGUUUGGAGUGUGACUGUUUGAGGUUGUGGACAGGUGUCUUUUAUACUGAUAACAAGUUCAAACAGGUGCCAUUAAUACAGGUAACGAGUGGAGGACAGAGGAGCCUCUUAAAGAAGAAGUUACAGGUCUGUGAGAGCCAGAAAUCUUCCUUGUUUGUAGGUGACCAAAUACUUAUUUUCCACCAUAAUUUGCAAAUAAAUUCAUUAAAAAUCCUACAAUGUGAUUUUCUGGAUUUUCUUUCUCAAUUUGUCUGUCAUAGUUGACGUGUACCUAUGAUGAAAAUUACAGGCCUCUCUCAUCUUUUUAAGUGGGAGAACUUGCACAAUUGGUGGCUGACUAAAUACUUUUUUUCCCCCACUGUAAUAGUUUAUGGGGAAGCGCACAUACAGAUGCUAAUAGUACUAUUGUGUAAGAUAUGAUGGUAGCAAGACCAUUAGUAUAUCUUAAUGAUGGAUGUGGUACAAGAUUGGAUAUCAGAGGGGUUACAUCCUGCCUGGGCCUCACAAUGGCUUCUAACUCUAUUGCAGCCAUGCGUGAAUGUAAUGGAUGAUUCUACUGUUGGGAGUGGCCAUUUCCCGAUUUGAUGUACCAUGAACUUUAAUGUCGCUAUUCCAGAUAAGGUACCAUUCAGAAGAUGGUGCUUUCCUAAAGCGGACUGGGGAAAGUUUGGAGAACAUUGUUUGAAGUCUGUUGGAGAGUUGUCUUUAGAGAGGCCUGUUGAUGUAUGUGCUGCCUCUGUCACUUCUCUGAUUUUGAGUGCAGCGAACUUACAUAUACCAGUGAGUGAAGUGGGUAAGGAAAGAAAGGUGGUUCCUUGGUGGACUGACGAGUGCUCUGCGGCUAUUCGAGGAAAGAAAUAGGGCCAACAGAGUAUUAUGUAGGACUUUGACUCCUGAAAAUCCAGAUCUUUGUCCCCAUGUGCAGUUAAACCGUAGUCUGGCUUUUUUAUGGCGGUUUUGGAGCAGUGGCUUCUUCCUUGCUAAGCGGCCUUUCAGGUUAUGUCGAUAUAGGACUUGUUUUACUGUGGAUAUAGAUACUUUUGUACCUGUUUCCUCCAGCAUCUUCACAAGGUCCUUUGCUGUUGUUCUGGGAUUGAUUUGCACUUUUCGCACCAAAGUACGUUCAUCUCUAGGAGACAGAACGCGUCUCCUUCCUGAGCGGUAUGACGGCUGCGUGGUCCCAUGGUGUUUAUACUUGCGUACUAUUGUUUGUACAGAUGAACGUGGUACCUUCAGGCAUUUGGAAAUUGCUCCCAAGGAUGAACCAGACUUGUGGAGGUCUACCAUUUUGUUUCUGAGGUCUUGGCUGAUUUCUUUUGAUUUUACCAUGAUGUCAAGCAAAGAGGCACUGGGUUUGAAGGUAGGCCUUGAAAUACAUCCACAGGUACACCUCCAAUUGACUCAAAUGAUGUCAAUUAGCCUAUCAGAAGCUUCUAAAGCCAUGACAUCAUUUUCUGGAAUUUUCCAAACUGUUUAAAGGCACAGUCAACUUAGUGUAUGUAAACUUCUGACCAACUGGAAUUGUGAUACAGUGAAUUAUAAGUGAAAUAAUCUGUAUGUAAACAAUUGUUGGAGAAAUGACUUGUGUCAUGCACAAAGUAGAUGUCCUAACCGACUUGCCAAAACUAUAGUUUGUUAACAAGAAAUUUGUGGAGUGGUUGAAAAACGAGUUUUAAUGACUCCAACCUAAGUGUAUGUAAACUUCCGACUUCAACUGUGUGUAUAUGUAUGUAUGUAUGUAUGUAUGUGUGUAUGUGUGUGUGUGUGUGUGUGUGUAUGUAUGUAUGUAUGUAUUCCCAGUGAUGUGAAAUCCAUAGAUUAGGUCCUAGUGAAUUUAUUUCAAUUGACUGGAUUUUCUUAUAUGAACUGUAAUUAGUAAAAUCUUUGAAGUUGUUGCAAUGGUGUUUCAAAUUUUUGUUCAGCUGGCUGUUGAAAGAUGGUUGAUUGACUGGGGAUUUAAAUGAUCAGUGGCGAAGUCUUGCUGUAUGUUCUUCUCAAAGAAGAAAGUUGCUGAUAAACAGUUUUUGUAUGGACAGCCUAUGGUUAGGGGUUUCUACGUUCAAGUAUUUGGGUCUGUUGUUCAAUGAGAGAGAUACAUGGAAAGAUAAUGUAAUAAAUGUUGAAACAAAGUGUAAGAAGGUGGUGAAUCUUAUGCGCUCAGUCUCUGGUUAUGGUAGAAGCUUUUAUCGUUUUUUACCAAUAUUUACAGAUGGUUCCAAGGAGCAGGCAUUUACAUUCCUCAAUUUGAUGUGGAGAUACAGUACUUGUAUCAUGUUGUUUUUAAAAGCUCUUACAUAUAUAUUCACAAUAAAAAAAAUACGUGCUUGAUUUUGCCAUCUCCUUCAGGCUCAACGGCAGCCUCCCAGAACACCACCUCCAUAUUUGGACCAGGAAGAAGUCUAGUUCCACAGGGGCCAACGAUGACCCUCAGGAGCCUGGCUCCAGUGCCCCAGCCACCCCCUGCCCAGCCCCAACCCCAGGCCCCCAGCAGUUCCAACUCAGCCAACGCAGUGCGUGUGUCCUGCUCAGGCUGCUCUAAGAUCCUGCUGCGAGGUCAGACUGCCUUCCAACGUAAAGGAUCCACCCAGCUCUUCUGCUCCACUGUCUGCCUCACUGGGUUCACCCUGCCUGUCAUCAAACUGAGAACCUGCUACCAGUGCCUCAAGUGAGUCACUCAGCCACUGACUCAACUCAACCCCAACUUACACUCAUUCUACUGUCAUCCAAGUUCCAGCUGAACUGUGGUGGUGCUCCAAAUAACUUUUUCAUUUUUUGGUCUUCCCCAUUACUGUAAAAUUCUCUUAACUCUAUUGCUGUUUAUAACUAUUUAUCUCUGUCUAUAACUCAUUUUAUAACUCUUAAUAUCUUCAGGGAGAUCGAGGACCCCAAGGAUGUGAUCAGUGUGAUUACAGACAAUAACCUGAAGGAUUUCUGUAGCCAGUUCUGCCUCUCCGUGUUCAACCGCAGGAGGAAACCAGGGCCUCUCUCCAUGCCUUCUGUCCAAGAGCCCGCCGCCCCGAGAUGCAGUAUGUGCAAGAAGAGCGACACGGUAAGGGACAUGAGACAACCACUGGUUCGACUAGUUCACUUCCAGUUUUAACUCAAUCUCAGGUGAGGUUACAUGAGGAAAUGUUUUAUUUUACUUGAUCAUUUUGCCUGAUUUGAGGAUCCCCCCCACCCACCUCUCUCUCUCAGAUUCAGCACGAGGUGACUCACCAGGGCUCCUUGCACAAACUGUGCAGUGAUGAGUGUUUCAUGCGCUUCCGCUCCUCCCACAACCUGGUCAUAAAUGUUUGUGAGAGCUGUGGCGAGUACUGCGCCAGUGCUGACAGGAACUGCCGGAGACUCCGAGUAGAGGGCGUCACCAUAAAGUUCUGCAGUCCUACGUGUAUUAGCACUUAUAAACAGGUAAGCACGUACAGUCAAGUAGUACACACAGACGGUCCUCCAUAGAAACCGUACUCCACUUUUGAAAACUGUCUGGCCUUGGGGAUAUGUUUCCCAAUGCUGGGCCCCGAGUUAAAAAGUUUGGGAACCCCUGUUCUAUCAGAUAGUCAGAGGAGGACGGGCCGCCCCUCUGAGGCUGGUUCCUCUCAAUGUUUCUCUAUGAAUAAAUGAUUGAUAUUACACACAUUUGUCUCACUGAGUCCCCGUCUCACCUCUGCCAUUAUCAAAUCUCUCCCUAGUUUUAUCCACUCUUUCCCAUUGUUCCUGUAUGACAGACGACCACCAAGGUGAUGCCGUGCGGACGCUGCCGUGACCUGAGACUCAUGUCUGACAUGUUGGAGAGCACCGACUCAGAGGGCAAGGUGGAGCUCUUCUGCAACUCCAUCUGUGUCAAUAAAAGCUGGCCUCAGAACGAACUGUCAGGUAGCAUUGACUUUACCAUGGUAUAAGCGGAAGUCUGCAAAUGUAUUUUAUUUAUCAAUAUUUUAGGCCUUAUGUUGUCUGAAAUCUGUUUUUGACUGCUAGAAUCUUUUCUGGGAUGCAUCUGCAUUUCCAUUCAGUCAAAUAAUUAUUAGUCAGAGUGGAAAAACCCUGCAAUGGCUUCUGGACUAGGCUCGGUCAGCAGUUUUCCCCCACAAGCCAGCAAAUAAUGAAGCUUUUCAACUAAUAUUUUGCCAUGAAAUUGGUAUUAAAUUAUAUUUGCAGUGGUAUUAAAAAAUAUUAAAAAGUCAUUUCUCUACCAUAAGCCGCCUCCAACGUAGUUUUAGAGAAUUUGGCAGUACGUCCAACCGGCCUCACAACCGCAGACCACUUGUAACCACACCAGCCCAGGACCUUCUUCACCUGUGGGAUCUGGUGCGGAGGAGUAUUUCUGGAAAAUUUUCGGGAAAAACUAAUUCUGAUUGGCUGGACCUGGCUCCCCAGUGGGUCGGACUGGCUCCCAUGGCUGUGCCCCUGCCCAGUCGUGAAAUCCAUAGAUUAGGGCCUAAUGAAGGAUUUCUGUAACUCCGCAAAAUCGUUUAAAUUGUUGCAUUUACAUUUUUGUUCAGUAUACAUGAUUGUACAGAGAACGUUUUAUUAUUAAUUUGUAUCCAAUUUUUUAUAGAUAUCUACAGUUUAUUACUGAACUGUUUUAAAUAUGGCUUGCGGUAGGCUCAGCCCAUCUGUGACCUUGCUGACUAGUGUGUGGAAAAUUGCCAUUCUAUAAUAACGUCCCCUUGUUGUCACACACAGGAACGGCAUUCCCAUGUACCUACUGCAAAGUGAAGGCUGUCUCUCAGUACCACCUGGCCAUGGUGGACGGCAGCAUCCGCAACUUCUGCUCCUACACCUGCGUCAAGACCUUCCGGGUGCUCAUUGGUUAAAUGGAUUGAAACAGAUUGUAUAUUACAUAUGAUCUGUGCUUUCUGUGUGUGUAUAUUAUAGACUGUUCUGUCUCUGUUAGGUCGAUUUGAGAGGAAUUUAAUGUAUUUUCUAGCAUGCGUUUAGGUAUAUUUUACAUAAUUAUGCAGAACCAUACAUAAAAUUAAGAUACCAGUUAGCCUUUUAUAUAAUGGAUUUUACAGAAUACAUGAUAUGGCUCUUUUAAUGUGCUCUCCUUCGAUGUAAUCUGGUAGGAGGCCGAAGGCAGCCAGCUUCCACCCCAGAAGGGCCAGAUGAACGGCUCCUCAUCCACUGGUCCUCCCCCUCCAGCACCACCCCAGGGCUACUUCCAUCCUUAUCCACCGUCCUGGGUCCCCACCACUGGCCACCUAUACGCCCCAACCCAGACCUCUGCUCCACCUCUACCCUAUGGAGCCGCUCCAGGCUUGGCUAGGGCCUAUGGUGCAGGGCAGCGUCAACCAGGGCCGUCCAUGGCCCCCCCCCACUCCUCCUCCUCUACCUCCACCCCCAAGGGGCAUGUGAAACUCUCCUGCCAUCAGUGCCCUCAGCAGUUCCGCUGGAAACCUGAGCUCUACGAGUACAAUGUAGGUACCUCAAUCUCGUUCCUGAACCUCGUUGUACUUAUCUGAGGUGUCAUGGGGAUUGUAGUUUUGUGAUGGGGAUUUAAGUUUUGUCUAAUGCUCUUGUGAUGGGGGUUGUAGUUUUUGUCUAAUGCUCUUGUGAUGGGGGUUGUAGUUUUUGUCUAAUGCUCUUGUGAUGGGGGUGGUCGUUUUUGUCUAAUGCUCUUGUGAUGGGGGUUGUAGUUUUAUCUGUCUUUAUCUGCUGUUGUGUUGUGUUCUUUCAGGGUCGCACCAUGCAGUUCUGUUCCAAACCUUGCUGUUUUGAGUUUAAGAAACAGAGUAAUGUCAUAGUGAGGUGUGAAUACUGCAAACUGGAGAAGUUGGUCAAAGAAGUCAUAAAAUAUGACUUAAUCGACCGGCCCUUCUGCAGCGAGAGUGAGUACCGAAUCCCCUUCCUCUCACGCUCUUUCACCUAGUUAUUUUCCCUCUUUCACCUAGUCCUUUUCCCUCUUCAGGGGUUAAAGUUCACCGUCACUGACAGAUUUCCAUCAUAUGGAUUCUGGAGCAGUCAUUUUUUUAAUCAGUGGGGGGGCGGUACUAGUUUGGACAUGACACAGCCUAAUACAGACAAUAAAUGUAUACUAAAAUGUUUUAUUAUAUACACAUAGAGUGCAUUCGGUAAGUGUUCAGACCCCUUGACUUUUUCCACAUUUUGUUACAUUACAGCCUUAUUCUAAAAUUGAUUUAUUAAAAUUGAUUUAUUUUUAAUACAUUUGCAAAAAUUUCUAAAAACCUUUUUUGCUUUGUCAUUAUGGGGUAUUGUGUGAGGGGAAAAAACAAUUUAAUGAAUUUUAGAAUAAGGCUGUAAAGUAGCAAAAUGGGGAAAAAGUAAAGGGGUCUGAAUACUUUCUAAAUGCACUCUGUUAAGCUGUGUGCACAGAAUUGACAUGCAUGAUUGUUGCUAAUGCUCCGAUGUUCAGAUGAAGGGAAUGAAAUGGUCUAUAAUGCCCACCACCGUCAGACAGUGGUGUGUAGCCUGCUGUAGCUGCUCACUUUAUCACUCAGGUUAGAAUGCAACUUUCUAGUGCCACUAUUUUUGCCAUGUGAUGUUGUAGGGGAGGGAAACGUAUUCUGACAAGCAGUCAGUGCACAGCAAUUCUUAAUGCAAUCGCGGGAAAACACUUUUGAAAGCAGUUUUGUCAAAUGUAUUUUGAAAGCAGUUUUGUUCUUUGUUAAAAGAGUUCGGUCUUUAUUUAUUUACUCCUUCAAUUGCGCGAGUGGCAUCGUUUUACAAAUGCAGUUUUACAACUGGGUUUCAAGCAGCUGCACAACAAUAGUGAUGGGUCUUUAGCAACAAGCAGCUUUUUUUGAAUGGUUCUUUUUGGUGAACUUCUGGAACCGAAUCGUGAAAGCUGUCGAUUUGGCUCCCUGAUUUUCAUACUGUUAGUUACUAUAGCUUUUUGAGUUGCAGACAUCAAUUAUCUGCAGAUAAAUUAUAAAAACAUUCUCUAAAGAUGGUAGUUCCUCAGUGCAGGAACAAUAUAGUGAGGAGAGAGCCUCAUUCUGGUCCACGUAAAAUGUUGUCUUAAUUUUUUGUUCAGGCCAUCUAAUAAUUUGGUCAAGUAAAAAUGUAUUUUAACUCACAUUUCACUAUCUGACAAUGGUAGGCAACGUUUUAGGCUUUAAAUUAGAUACUUACAAUUUGUUCAUGGUUUUAGGCAGAGAAGAAGAGGAAUAUAUAUAUAUAUAUAUUUUUUUUUUAUGCCAGCCCCCGUCCCCGCAGGCUUUUGCCUUUUCGUAGGCCAUCAUUGUAAAUAAGAUUUGUUCUUAACUGACUUGCCUAGUUAAACAAAGGUGUAAAAAAAAGUAUAUGUCUCUCUCCAGCAGGUGGCGUUGUUUUGCCCACCAUGCAAGGAGUUUUUGUAUGGAGUUCAAUGAGUGUCGAAUUUGGUCAACGAAUAAAUGAAUGGCUUAUUUGCAACGUGAGGUUUAUUUGAUCAAAUAGAAGUUUCGUAAUGCUUAAGUUGUUACGAGUGUACUGAUAAAGUAGGACACGUGACAUCCCGGCAACUUUGAGAAAAAACACUAGGAGUUGUCUCGAGAUGGGUAUGCAUAUUCAUGGUGUGAGGCUAGUAGCAUAGCAUCUCUCUUCGUUGAAUACAGGCAGUUGACGUCAACAACCGUCAUCGAAUAUUCAAAAAAGCAACAAAAAUGAGAUGUAUCCAUAAAUCCAAAGAAAGGGUAGGCGGGAGCUAGACAGCCAGCCGUGCCACUUUGUGGACAAUGACUCCCAUUGUUAGGGGACGGAGAUACAGUACAUGUAUCUUGUCAGUAUAUCCAUAAUCUUUGUUUUAGGUCAAUUUCAUUUACAUACAUUUUAGUCAUUUAGCAGACGCUCUUAUCCAGAGCGACUUACAGUUAGUGAGUGCAUACAUUUUUUUUUCUUCUCAUUACUGAAGGAAGAGCCGUCUGGGAGCCAAAUAAACAGUUAUUUUAGGUGAACGUAGCCAAGUGAUCCGGCUCACAGAAAAGACUGGGAAUUACCAUCACUACACAACAGCUGAAAGGGGACAAUUUCGUCUUAAAAGGGCAAUGACAUACUUUGUAAUAAUUUGAAUAAUUUGAAUAAAGUGAAUAAUAAUGAGUAAAUAUUUAUAUAUAUUUAUUAUUUAAAAAAUAAGAAGAAGAAGAAGAAGAAGAAGAAGAACCAGCAACAACUAGGAUGUUGUGUCCAAUGGGCUAAAUGCAGAUAGACAAAGCCACUGUUUCAGCCUAUGUUCAUUUUAUAGCCACUAUGCUGCAUCAGUUGAGCUACAGGGGAUAAUGCACAUUGCUAAUAGCACAUCUGAUAAUAUAGACCAGGGGUGUCAAACGUACGGCCCGCGGGCCGGAUCAGGCCCGCAAACGGGUUUAAUCCGGCCCGCGAGAUGAUCUAAAAAAUAAAUUUUUUUUUUUUUUUUUUUUUUUUUUUAAGUAUAAAAAUGCGCUGCAAUUUUUCAAUUAAAUAAACUGCUGUUCCAAUUGCGUCCACUGGAUGGCGCAAUAGCAAUUGUGUUAAGCAAGCAAACUGUUUAUACCGGGGCAGAGCAAGUAGGUCAAGCACGUGCAGCCAAUGAGCUACUUUGUUUUGCCCGCGAUAUUUAUUACGGCUUCUACUUUUAACAUUAUGUGCUUUGGCACCCUCAUUGCCCCAAUAUGUCUCUGUCAAAAAAGAGAAAAGUGGACGCAGAGUGCAGAGUGUUCCAAGAAAAAUGGUCAUCCUAUUUAAUCACGGAAUUGAAUGGGAAAGCUGUAUGUUUGGUGUGUUCAGAGCAUGUUGCACUGCUGAAAGAAUAUAACCUUCGUCGCCACUAUGUGAGUCUUCAUGCCGACAAAUAUGACAACUUUCAAGGACAGCGGAGAUGAGAGAAGGUGAAUGAACUGUUGGCGGGUCUGAAGAAACAGCAGUCUGUGUUUACUCACAGCCGAGACAUCAGUGACGCUGCAGUGAAAGCUAGCUACCUCAUUGCUAAUGAAAUCACAGUGGCUUCAAAACCAUUUAGUGAGGGUGAAUUUGUAAAAACAUGCAUGAUGAAGGCAGCGGAGAUUGUGUGCCCUGAAAAGCGGCAGGCUUUUGCAAAUAUCAGCCUGACAAGAAACACAGUUGCAGACAGGAUUUCCGAUCUUUCAGUGGAUUUGGACAGCCAGUUGAAGCAAAAAGUAAAGUCAUUUAUUGCGUUUUCGGUUACAAUUGAUGAAAGCACAGACAUUACUGGCCAUUUUUUCAUCCGUGGAGUUGAUGACACAUUGACCGUCACCGAGGAGUUCGUGGAGUUGGUGCCGAUGACAGAUACAACGACAGCAGCUGAUAUUUUUACCGCACUCGUCGGCGCGCUGGACAGGGUCGGAGUGGACUGGUCCCGCGCUGUCAGCCUGGCUACAGAUGGUGCGCCCUCAAUGAUCGGGAAAAAAGCAGGCGUUGUGACAAAGUUCAGAGAGAAAGUGCAAUCUGCAAAUGGAGGACGUGAUUUUUUGACUUUUCACUGUAUUUUGCACCAGGAGGCUUUGUGUUGCAAGUCAUUAAAGAUGGAUAACGUCAUGAAGGUGGUCAUCCAAACUGUUAAUUUCAUCCGAUCCAGAAGCCUGAAUCACCGUCAGUUUGACAGCCUUCUCAGAGAGAAAGACCACAUCUAUGGCCUGCCAUACCACACUGAGGUAAGAUGGUUAAGCCGAGGUGCUGUGCUGAGGCGUUUCUUUGAUUUACGAGAAGAAAUUGAACAGUUCAUGGAAGAAAAGGGCAAACCAGUGUUAGAAUUUCAUUCCGCAGAAUGGAUGCCGGACCUUGCAUUUAUGGUGGAUGUUACAGAGCACCUGAAUAACUUGAACAAACAGCUGCAAGGGCGCAACAAAGUUGUCACGCAGUAUUAUGACAGCAUACGUUCUUUCAAGUUGAAGCUGUCAUUGUGGGAGACGCAACUUGCCGGUGGUGAUGCAGCUCACUUCCCCUGUCUGAAAAAUGUGUGCGCGACCCAACAUGUGGCAGACAUGAAGCGGUUCAAAGAUAAAAUAACUGGACUGUUACGGGAGUUUGAGCAACGCUUUCAGAUUUAUGUUUAUAUGUUUUUAUGUUGAUGUGCUAUUGUUUUUAAUUUAUUUUAUUUUAUUUGUAUAUUUAACCUAUUCUUGACUCUGUGGUUCUUGCACUUGUUUGGGGAACAGGAUUUCAUUAUUUUUAUCUACAUUUCUGCCUGAGAAAUGACACCCUGAUAUAGUUCUGUGAUCUGUGAUAUACUUCUGUGAAUCACUGAGGCAUUGUGUGUUUGUGUGUUCUUUGUCCUCAGAACUUUCAAAUAACUUGAGGUGUUUUAUGAUUAAUAGUGAUGUUGUGCUUUUGGACACUGUCCUCAGGCUCCAGCUUUAUGUUUAUAUGUUUUUAUGUUGAUGUGCUAUUGUUUUUAAUUGUUUUUAUUUUAUUUGUAUAUUUAACCUAUUCUUGACUCUGUGGUUCUUGCACUUGUUUGGGGAACAGGAUUUCAUUAUUUGUAUCUACAUUUCUGCCUGAGAAAUGACACCCUGAUAUAGUUCUGUGAUCUGUGAUAUACUUCUGUGAAUCACUGAGGCAUUGUGUGUUUGUGUGUUCUUUGUCCUCAGAACUUUCAAAUAACUUGAGGUGUUUUAUGAUUAAUAGUGAUGUUGUGCUUUUGGACACUGUCCUCAGGCUCCAGCUUUAUGUUUAUAUGUUUUUAUGUUGAUGUGCUAUUGUUUUUAAUUGUUUUUAUUUUAUUUGUAUAUUUAACCUAUUCUUGACUCUGUGGUUCUUGCACUUGUUUGGGGAACAGGAUUUCAUUAUUUUUAUCUACAUUUCUGCCUGAGAAAUGACACCCUGAUAUAGUUCUGUGAUCUGUGAUAUACUUCUGUGAAUCACUGAGGCAUUGUGUGUUUGUGUGUUCUUUGUCCUCAGAACUUUCAAAUAACUUGAGGUGUUUUAUGAUUAAUAGUGAUGUUGUGCUUUUGGACACUGUCCUCAGGCUCCAGCUUUAUGUUUAUAUGUUUUUAUGUUGAUGUGCUAUUGUUUUUAAUUGUUUUUAUUUUAUUUGUAUAUUUAACCUAUUCUUGACUCUGUGGUUCUUGCACUUGUUUGGGGAACAGGAUUUCAUUAUUUGUAUCUACAUUUCUGCCUGAGAAAUGACACCCUGAUAUAGUUCUGUGAUCUGUGAUAUACUUCUGUGAAUCACUGAGGCAUUGUGUGUUUGUGUGUUCUUUGUCCUCAGAACUUUCAAAUAACUUGAGGUGUUUUAUGAUUAAUAGUGAUGUUGUGCUUUUGGACACUGUCCUCAGGCUCCAGCUUUAUGUUUAUAUGUUUUUAUGUUGAUGUGCUAUUGUUUUUAAUUGUUUUUAUUUUAUUUGUAUAUUUAACCUAUUCUUGACUCUGUGGUUCUUGCACUUGUUUGGGGAACAGGAUUUCAUUAUUUUUAUCUACAUUUCUGCCUGAGAAAUGACACCCUGAUAUAGUUCUGUGAUCUGUGAAACAGUUCUGUUAAUCACUGAGGCAUUGUGUGUUUGUGUGUUCUUUUUCUUUAGAAUUUUCAAAUAAACUUGACGUGUUUUAUGAUUAAUAGUGAUGUUGUGCUUGUACUAUUUUGGACACUGUCCUCAGGCUCCAGCUUUAUGUUGUAUGUUGAUCGUAUUAAAACAAAGAAAACAAUCUGAAGUUGUUGUUUUUAAGUUAUAUAUACCAUGAUUUUUCCGGUCCGGCCCACUUGGGAAUAGAUUUUCCUCCAUGUGGCCCCUGAGCUAAAAUGAGUUUGACACCCCUGAUAUAGACCAUGCAUAGGCUAUAUGCAUGGUCAAAUAUGUUAAAAUACAUUUUAUCAAUAUGUUUUUGGGUUCAUUUCUGGAGGUGGAAAUUAUAUUUUAGAUGGUGUCAGCAUCAUUUUAUUUUCAUUCAUUUUGUAUAUCAAAAUUAUCCCGGGGAGGACCCCACACCCCCUAAGCAAGGGGACUGGAAUUGGUCAAACUCGCAGUUUAAUGCAUGUACAAAAUGAUCCUCUUUCCCUAAAAGCAUGAUUAUCAUGGCUUUCUUACAUGAAAGGGAGGUUAACUUGGCCCCAGACAAUGGAUCUGACAUCGACUUAAGUUUCAGUCAUGGGAUUUUUUCUUUCUUUAACCCCUGUCAUUUUCUCUCUUUUAUCUCGUACACCAACAAACCUCAUCAUAUUUAUCUGUGUCGUCUGUGUGUGUCUCUGUAACAGGCUGUAAGCUGCUCUUCAAGCAUGACAUGAAGGGGCCAUGGCGGAUGUGUGCCUACUGUGCAGACAUCAGCCCCAAGAUGAUCCACAACCACUUUGGUGGCAAGAUGCAGGAGUUCUGCAGGGAGGCGUGCAUGUCAAAUUACACUAUUCUUUUCUAUGAGGUCAGAGCUAAAAUCAUCUGUAUGCAUGUUGACCUCUGGGGCUGUAUGUAGCAAGCAUCUCAGAGUAGGAGUGCUGAUUUAGGAUCAUUUUAACAUGGACAGCAGGGACCUGAUCCUAGAUUAGCGCUCCUACUCUGAGACGCUUUAUGAAUUUGGCCCCUGGUCUCUCACUCUCUAGAUUGAUUACCUUACAACCACUUCCUGGUUUGAUAACUGGGAGCUGUCUAUGUAGUCCACAAAUGGUUGAAGCCCUUUGAAUUGCUGACCUGUUUGUUGUCCUUCCCUCCCCAGAUGGCUAAGUGUGAGUGCUGCAGACGUCAAGGGAAAAUGAAAGAGCAACUGAAGUGUUUUGGGGCUGUGAAGCACUUCUGUGCCCUGGAGUGUGUCAUUCAGUACUGCUAUCAGACCUUCCAGCAGCACCCUUGGACUAGCAACGGCACCACUGCUACACAGGGUACUACUAAAUUAGAUACUCAAUUCAAUUCCUUUUGAAAUCUACUAUCUGGUUGUCUGACGUAUUGCUACAUAUCCGUUUAAAUGACGGAUUUAGGCAUACUACUCAACAUGUCUCUCAUCUUUUCCCUUCUUUCUCCAACUGUAGGUCCAUCCCAAACUCCAUUCCCCUUCUCCAAGCCGGCUCCUGUCAUUGCUGAUGUUGUAUCGUUGGCCACCUCUCCUGCUGGCCAGCCCCAUGCUACGGCUGCCACUGCCCUCACAGGUAGCUAGCACACUCAUCUAGAACACUGGCUAACACUGAACACGGUUAAGACAUUGUGAAGAAGAGGUCUAGUAAUAUAAGCUUUGUAGUUAAGACUGUUUUUUUGUUUUGCUUGCAGGAGCUCUUCCUACGUCUAACUCUCAUGGCAAGAGCCUGGGCGAUGCGAGCACCCAGACGGAUGCCAUGAGGAUCUUAGCCCGCCGGAGGAUCAUGAAGAACAAGGCCAUCAUCUGUAAACCGCUCAUGCUGGACCAGCAGACCAGCUGCCAGAUUCAGACGCAGACCACAGAGAAAUCAAUGGGUACAAAAACACCAUCCAAAACAACACCCUGCAAUUCUUGUAAUUUGCUACUUUAAAAAACCAUGUAUAUACUUUUAUUAUUUACAACGAACCAGCUACUUUUUAAGAUGCCCCAUCCAUAAAGUUAUAAUAUGUGCACAUUAUUUGUAAAUCAGACCUUGCACUACAUGUGCAUAAUAUGUCCAGUUUGUUUAAAGUGUUAGUAAUGACCUCUGAUCAUCAUCCUCUCUCUCGUUGUUGAUGUUAUUGUUGUUUAGGGUUCGCAGAGACUGGGUUUACGUACACAGAGAACGGGGAGAAAGUGCGGUUGGUUGUGAUGCCUGUUCCUGUGCCAGUCUUCAUUCCAGUGCCCAUGAACCUGUACAGCCAGUACACUCCUGUGCCCAUGGGUAUUCCUGUGCCUGUACGUCUGCUCUGCGUCCUCUCCUCAUGCCCACAUCCACUGUCUCUUUAUAUACCUCAGAGUAGAUACUUUAUUUUCAAAUUUUCAACGAGAAUUACCGGGAAGUACCCAUCCCUGAUGUCCUUAACUCACAUGCCCCCACAAACACCCUUUUAAUGGUCUGUUAACUUGGCUGGUUAAGACAUAUUAUUCUGUUCCCUGUGCUCUCUGUCCAGGUGCCAGUGCCCAUGGUAAUACCCCCCUCGUUAAGCCGUUCAGAGCUCGAGGACAGGAAAGACGAUGUUCCAUGUCGGACCAUGGCCGAGCAGGAGGACAGGAAAGACAAACCUGUCUCCCAUGGAGGUCAAGAGAAUAGUUUAUACUCUGAGCUGUGGCUGUGUAUCAUGUAUGAGAACGUUACUAUCUUUAUUGUUGCUUGGCACACCAGCCGACUGCUGCAAUCUUGAACAGGUCUCUCUUGCAAAAUAGAUUUUACCUCCAUAAUGAGACUAACCUGUAUUAAUAGAUAGGCACAGUGUUUGAAAAGCAACCUGUUAAACGAAAAUCACUCUUUGGUGGAGGCUCUUACUGAACGGUUAGAUAACAUGUUGUCUGUCUGUGGUGUUUAUCCACAGAUCAAGGCAGCGCAUACAGUGGAGACCUGGAGUCGGAGGCUGUGUCCACCCCCCACAGCUGGGGUGGAGAGGACGAGUCCACCUCCACAUCCAACCCCCAGAGAGGGGCCGAGAGGCCUACCGACCACCCCAGCACAGCCCCCUCCUCCCCCAGCAUGUUGGACCUGGAAGCUGACUACCCCCCUGGUGAGAAAGGUUCUGAGAGCAUCAACAUACAUUUAUGAGCUCUCCCAUGUUCCCAGGUUUUAUUUUGUGAAAAAUAUUUAUUCAGACUUUAUUUAUACAGUUAAGUCCGUUAAGAACUAAUUGUUAUUUGCAAUGAUGAACUUGCAAAUUCCCACAGAUCACAUUUGUAUCAUCUGUAUAAUUAAGCAAUAAGGCCAGAGGGGGUGUGGUAUAUGGCCAAUAUACCACGGCUAAGGGCUGUUCUUAUGCAUGACGCAACGCGGAGUGCCUGGACACAGCCCUUAGCCGCGGUAUGUUGGCCAUAUACCACAAACCCCCGAGGUGCCUUAUUGCUAUUAUAAACUGGUUACCAAUGUAAUUAGAGCAGUAAAAAUACAUGUUUUGUCAUACCUGUGGUGUACGGUCUGAUAUACCACGGCUGUAAGCCAAUCAGCAUUCAGGGCUCGAACAACCCAGUUUAUGAAAUGGUAUGAAUAAAUUAAUCUAAAUAAAGUUUUUAAUGUAAAUAUGUCAAAUAUUUCAAUAUGUUGGUAACCCGUUGUAUAAAAGUGAAAGUGCCCUUGAAGCCGGUGUUUGGAGGAUAUAUUUUCAUGGUUUGCCGGCCCUCGACUUCAUUUUGGGCCUAACAAUACCCGUUCCAAUAUAUCCCCCAAACACCAGCAUCUCGGGCAUCAUCACUUCACUGUGGAUUCCAUGCUGUUUCAGAGUCGUUUGAUCCUGAUGCAGUGGAGGGGCAGAGACUGACUGUAAAGAUCAGAAGACGCAAGAGACCCAGAGACGGCUUCCCUCCCAGUAAACGGGUAUGUCAAUGCUAUAGGCUGUGUCCCAAAUGGUACCCUAUUUCCUUUAUAGUGCACUAUGUUUUGACCGUAAAAGUAGUGCACUAUAAAGGGAAUAGGGUGCCAUUUGGGAUGCACCCUUAGUCUACUGGUCACAUGGGCUAGGUGAUGGUAAUAUAACACUAGUAAAAAAGUAGUCGUAUAGUAAUAUAAUGGUAACAUAACUAGUUAGUUAGGUAGAAUGACCUCUAUCACAUCAGCGCCAUUAUUACUAUUGACUGCAAUAGGGUUGUGUUAUUAGAUAAUAAUGUCAAAGAUAUUAUACAGUAAAAGUGGUUUCUUCUACUAUGUUAAUUGAUCCAAAUUUUUUCUCCUUUCCCUUUCUGUCGGCGGUUGUCUAUAUUGCAGAGUUGUAAGCGAAGUGGGACUAUUGACAUGGUGGAGCACACUGUUUCACUCCCUCCUGCCAGAUCAAAACUCCAUCACAAGUAUGGGGUGAAAGCCUGGAAGAAUUGGGUCCUGCAGAGGAACAAGCAGAUUGACUGUGAAUUUUCCAAAGACGCCUGUGAGUCAAAUCUAACUGCACAGACCAAUUUUAGGUCUUUGCUUAUCAUGUAAAUUGAUUGAUUUGUUAAUUAAAGUGUCUUGCAACAUUUCAGAUGCCCAGCCCAUAUGAUCUUAAAACAUGUACCUUGUGGUGUUCUGUGUCCCAUCUUUCUCCAUAUGGCAGCUAAAUCCAUGGUUCCCUAAUCUGGUGUUCUGUGUCCAUGUUUCACCCUUACAGCAGCUAACUCCGUGGUUGUGAAGGAGAACGUGUUGCAGUGUAACUCCUUUGAGCUUAGUUACGGCCUCUGUCAUUUCAUCAGUGAGGUCCGUCGCCCCAACGGUCAGGCCUACCCUGCUGACAGCAUCUUCUACCUCUGUCUGGGCAUUCAGCAGGUAUUGAGCCUCCAUGUUACUCCCUAGUAUUUUAUUUGUAUUCAAUGCUUUGUUAUCCAAGGUACUCCCAGUUAAUCCUUAUACCUUAUUCCAUACUAUGUUAUCCACUACGGUACCAGCUUUCCUGUCUGUCAGUGGCCAUACUGGUUAUAGUGAUGUGAUGUCAGCUAAUACUGUUUGCAAAUGUGGGAUGUGACAAAUUGAAGUUUUUCUUAAUAUUUAAACAUUAAUUUUUCUUUUUGGUUUUGUGUUAAAACGAUAAGAAAAAUUCAUAAAAUUCCAUGUGAAUUCACAAUGCAGCUGUGCUGCUGCCAGCAAUGUUUUUUUGUUUCACGGUGAGUCCCUUUGAGAUGGUUAAGCAUUGCACCUGUACUCUGCGGGUCCCGACAGAGAUCAUUGCAGCGUGGUUGUUCAGACAGACGACUGGGAUUAAUGAUUUUUUUUGUCCUGCAGAUUAUUUAGAAACAGACCUCUUUCUGCUCUGUAUGUGUCAGUCUACCUGUUGUAUUAAAAACAAAUCUUUGUCACAUUAUUCACACUCUCAGAAUUCGCUGCUUCAACUUCAGUAGCCUUCCUCUCCUCUUCUAGUUGGGCGUGUGAGAUCAAGUGUGCCUAGUAUACAGUGCAUUCGGAAAGUAUUGAGACCCCUUGACUUUUCCCACAUUUUGUUACGUUACAGCCUUAUUAUAAAAUGGAUUAAAUUGUAUUUUUCCCAUCAUCAUUCUACACACAGUACCCCAUAAUGACAAAGCAAAAACUGGUUUUUAGAAAAUUUUGCUAAUGUAAUAAAUAUUAAAAACGGAAUUAUCACAUUUACGUAAGUACUCAGACCGUUUACUCAGUACUUUGUUGAAGCAAAUUUGGCAGCGAUUACAGCCUCAAGUCUUCUUGGGUAUGACGCUACAAGCUUGGCACACCUGUAUUUGGGGAGUUUCUCCCAUUGUUCUCUGCAGAUCCUCUCAAGCUCUGUCAGGUUGGAUGGGGAGCGUCGCUGCACAGCUAUUUUCAGGUCUCCAGAGAUGUUCGAUCAAGUCCAAGUCCGGGCUCUGACUGGGCCACUCAAGGACAUUGUCCCGAAGCCACUCCUGCGUUGUCUUGGCUGUGUGCUUAGGGUCAUUGUCCUGUUGGAAGGUGAACCUUCGCCCCAGUCUGAGGUCCUGAGCACUCUGGAGCAGGUUUUCAUCAAGGAUCUCUCUGUACUUUGCUCUGUUCAUCUUUCCCUCGAUCCUGACUAGUCUCCCAGUCCCUGCCACUGAAAAACAUCCCCACAGCAUGAUGCUGCCACAAUCAUGCUUCACCGUAGGGAUGGUGCCAGGUUUCCUCCAGACGUGACGCUUGGCAUUCAAGCCAAAGAGUUCAAUCUUGGUUUCAUCAGACCAGAGAAUGUUGUUUCUCAUGGUCAGAGUCCUUUAGGUGCCUUUUGGCAAACUCCAAGCGGGCUGUCAUGUGCCUUUUACUGAGGAGUGGCUUCCAUCUGGCCACUCUACCAUAAAGGCCUGAUUGGUGGAGUGCAGCAGAGAUGGUUGUCCUUCUGGAAGGAACUCUGUCAGUACCAUCGGGCUCUUGGUCACCUCCCUGACCAAGGCCCUUCUCCCCUGAUUGCUCAGUUUGGCCGGGCGGCCAGCUCUAGGUAGAGUCUUGGUGGUUACAAACUACUUCCAUUUAAGAAUGAUGGAGGCCACUGUGCUCUUGGGGACCUUCAAUGCUGCAGAUAUGUGCCUCGACACAAUCCUGUCUCGUGGCUCUACGGACAAUUCCUUUGACUUCAUGGCUUGGUUUCUGCUCUGACAUGCACUGUCAACUGUGGGACCUUAUAUAGACCGGUGUGUGCCUUUCCAAAUCAUGUCCAAUCAAUUGAAUUUACCACAGGUGGACUCCAAUCAAGUUGUAGAAACAUCUCAAGGAUGAUCAAUGGAAACAGGAUGCACCUGAGCUCAAUUUCGAGUCUCACAGCAAAGGGUCUGAAUACUUAUGUAAAUAAGGUAUUUCUGUUUUUGUUUUCUUAUAAAUUUGCAAACAUUUCUAAAGACCUAUUUCUGCUUUGUUAUUAUGGGGUAUUGUGUGUAGAUUGAUGAGGAAGUGUUUAUUUAAUCCAUUUUAGAUUAAGGCUGUAACGUAACAAAAUGUUGAAAAAGGGAAGGGGUCUGAAUACUUUCCGAAUGCACUGUAUGUGUGGUCUCAUUGAAAUAGAGUAGGAGGCCUAUGCAUGGAUGGCCAAUCAUUGGCAGGAAAUGUACUUCCUAAAUAUGAUUAGGCUAUAGUUUACUUCAUUGCCUAGAAAUAAAUAUUGAUCACCCACCCAAAAUCGUCCCACUCCUAAAAGGUAGGCAAAACAAAAUAAUAGCUCAAGAGAAAGUGCAAGUCUCUAACUCAGCUCUCUUCAAACUAGCAUAAUAUUAUUGGUUGAUAUAGCCCAGUAAUAUGAUAGUUUAAUAUAAUCGAUCUCUUAGGUUAUUUUUGUGCGUAUUGCCUAUAGGGCGCAAAAUUGGCUGGGACCAUGGCUGGCAGGUGAGCUGCGUCACGUACCCCUAAAAUAACAUUGUGGGACUGCGGUUAAGUUCAAACCAGCUCUUGCUGUAGCGGGUGGGAUUUGGAACAGAAAAGCUACGAGUGCAGGCGGGAGCGGGAUGAAGCGAUCAGCCACGCGCAGACCCCUAACCUGUACUACCCCUGCUGGGGCUCAAUUCCACCUCGCAACGUUUGCAUUUCCUUCUCAUUUAACUUCUCCAAGUAUUGCCAUACAGGUCUUGGCUGCUGUCGCUUGCCUUUCUCUGCCAUUUUCCCAGCUGUUAAUGAAGUUGACGUGGUGGUGGAGAGCCUACUCCUAAAUAAUUCAUUUCUCUACUCCUUGCACGUCGACUCCCAUUUCUCAGUGUCAAGAUUCAAUAUUUUUGGAAUGGAGGAGACUGAUUAGUUGCCAUACAUACCGACAACACUAACACUUGCAUCUUUCAUAACGAUCUAUCAAGGGAUUGAGAGAGAGGGGAGGUGUACAGUAUAGGCAGGUUGACCACCAGACAGACAGUCAGAACCGUGCACUGGGCCUAUAUAUCAGCAAUCAAAAGCUGUAUCUCGCAAUGGAAUGCUGUGUAUCGCAAUUUCUUGGCUUGCAAUGUCUCGCAACUUCAGUAAAGCAGGACCUAUCAUCAAUGAAUAGGCUAGGAUAUUGAGAUGACUGAGAUGCAACACUUCGCUCUCACACAGUCACACAUAGUAUCUGCGCAUGUGCACGGGUUGUUCACAGCGUGGUAGCUAGAGCACCAAAACAGUGGAGGAGUUGAGCCUCGCACUUUUGCUAUAGUAACUACUGCCCCAGGGGCAGCAAUAUCAAUUGUAUUUGCCCCUCUGCCAAAUAUGAUAUACAGUACCUAAUGCCUCUCUCCCUCACCAUCUCUCAUUUGUCUCUACAGUAUCUAUUUGAGAAUGGAAGGAUAGAGAAUAUCUUCACUGAUGUGCUCUACCACAAGUUCAGCAUGGAGAUGACUAUGAUGCUACAUUACUGGAGACCUACCCUGCUGCCCAGCGGUAAGAAUAUUUCUAGUCUUCUUCUUCUCCUCUUCUACCCCUGUCCUAUCCCUUUAAUAUCGUUGGACCAUUUGAAACACAUACACAAUGAUGACACAUACCUCUGUCCCUCCUGCCACUGUUUCUCUCUAGGCUACCUGCAUUCCCGUGUGGAGGAGGAGUACCUGUGGGACUGUAAACAGCUGGGAGCCUACUCCCCAAUCGUGCUGCUCAACACCUUGCUCUUCUUUGGCACCAAGCUGUUCCAGUUCAAGACCCUGGGCCAACACAGACGCCUGUCCUUCACCAACUUCACCCACUGUACCAGGGUCACCAAGAACGGCAAGAACGCCUUCCUGAGGUUUAGGCCUGGUCAGGAUGUGUCAGACACCCCCGGUGAGUUGAGUUCCGACCUCAAUGGUGUUCAAGGCUAUCACAUUCUAUUUUAUUCUAUUCAACUUUCUUUAUCCCAUUAGGAGCAAUUAAGAAAGGCAUUUCCAUAUCACUAGCAAUAACAUCAUCCACAAGUUCCAUAAUGUGCUAGGUUGUGUGUUGAUGUUUUCUCUUUUGUGCGCAUAUCCAGAGCUUCUAGCUUUGUCUGCCAAGAAAAGUCUGGAUGAAGAGGAUGGUGACAUGGAGAUGCCUGAGAACACGGAGAACCCACUACGCUGCCCUGUCAGACUCUAUGAGUUCUACCUCUCCAAAUGGUGA